AAAUUUCAACAAAGUUAAUACAGCGCCAUCAUACGGAUCUAAUAAUUUAAUUUAAAAUUUAAAAAGUUUGAAAUUCACUGAUGAAAGUUGCCAGCAUGCAUACAUACAAAAUGGCUGACAGAAAACAUAUAUGAUAUAGGACAUUAAAAUAAUGGAGAAGAAAUACUCUAUAUCGAAUAAAUUGUCGUUUUAACGAUUACAAUGAUUCUUCUAUCACGAAGUCACAUGAUAUACAUAAUACAUCACUGCCGGCCAUUUUGUUCCAUAUGCUAGCAAUCUUGUUCAUCACUAAAAUGUGAAUAAAAUAAAUAUACAAAUAUUUCUUACAAUUAAUAAAAUUAUCAAUCAUCCCAAUAAAAUAACAUAUUGAAUCUUUUUAUAAUAAUUUUACAAUAAUCUUUCUGAAAUAACUUUUAAAGUAAUCAUUAAAUUAUAAAUAUUAUUAAUAAAUAUUUUGUUUUCUCUUAAAAAAAACAUAUCAUUUUAGAUAAAAACUAAAUAGAUUGUCAACCAAAAAUAACCGUUCAGUUUCUAAUCAUCAAACAUGAAUUGUUUAACAGGAGAUAUGGAACAACUUAUUAGUAAUGAUAUGUUAUUAUGUACUGCACCAAGUCCUUCAUCUAUUUAUAAUAAUCGAAAUAAUAACCGAUCAGGAACCAAUGUAAUAAGUACAAUUUUUUUAAUUGUCAAUGCUACUUUAGGUGCAGGCCUUUUAAAUUUUCCACAAGCCUUUGACAAAGCUGGGGGAUUGGUUACAUCUAUUAGUGUACAACUUGUUCUACUUGUUUUUAUCACUACUACUCUUAUAAUUUUAGCUAAUUGUAGUGACAUUACAAAUACCUAUUGUAUGCAAGAUAUGUUCGCUAAUUUUUAUGGACAAAAAUCAUUUCUUUUAUGUGCUUUUUGUAUUAUGAUAUAUAGUUUUGGAUGUUGUUUAACAUUUUUAAUUGUUAUUGGUGAUCAAUUUGAUAGAGUUUUAUCAACAUAUUAUGGACUUGAUUAUUGUCACACAUGGUAUUUAUCCAGAACAUUUGUCACAAUUAUAACAUGUAGUUUAUUUAUAUUACCUUUAUGCUUUUUCAAAAGAUUGAAUAUUUUAAGCUAUACUAGUUCUAUUGGAUGCAUAACUAUUUUAUAUGUAGCAUUAUUGAUAGUCUACAAAAGUUUUACUUAUACUGAAUCUCCUAAUCCUAUGAAAAUAUGGCCAGACAAUAAACUUGAAGCACUUCAAAUAAUUCCAUUAAUUUGUUUUGCAUAUCAGAGUCAUAUGACAGCAAUACCAAUGUAUGCUUGCAUGAAAGAGCGAAAUCUCCGUAAGUUUACAUUAUGUGCUAUAGUAAGCAUGAUUAUUUGUUUUACCAUUUAUACAGUGGUUGGUAUUUCUGGAUAUGCAACAUUUGGUAUUGAUAAAGUGCCCAGUGAUAUUCUUCAAGAAUAUACAGAUAAAAGUAUAAUUCUUACUUUAGGCAUUAUAUUUAUAGCAAUUAAAAAUUUUACUACAUAUCCAAUUAUUUUAUAUUGUGGUCGUGAUGCUCUUUUAAGUCUUUUGGGAAUGGACAUUAAUAUAACUAUUAAAUUUAGAGUUUUUAUUACAUUGAUCUGGUAUAUACUAUCUUUAAUAAUUGCGAUAUUGGUACCAGACAUUUCGCCAGUUAUUAAUUUAUUGGGAGUCUUAUCGGCAGCUUUUAUUUUUAUUUUUCCAGGCAUUUGUUUGUUUCAAUGUAUACUUUUAAAAGAUUCAGAAUUACAUCUAAACAAAGAUCGACUAUUAAUAUUUUUUGCAGUUUUUAUCACUGCACUUGGUGCAUUUGUAUCUGGAAUUAUAUUUGUAGAAACAAUAGAAGAUUUAAGUAUAACAUCUAAAACAAUUCCAUUAGUUACUGGUUUUAGACAUUUAAAAAAAAAUUUAUGUACUUAGUAUAUUUCAAUCUAUGUUAUAAGAAAAUUUUAUGUAAAAAUAUUUUCCUACACUUUUUAUAAGUAAAGGAACUUUUUAAAA